AUAGCGACUGGAAACUGGCUUGACGGAACAGAAAGAGCCACCCAACCGAAAAAUGUGACCCCAAAAGCCCUGAUAUGCUUGGGUGGUGCUGGGGUGGAUCAUGGACCGCAGAAUUCGGUGUUGUCGGUUCGGCGCAUGAGACCUGGCGACGGAUUGCCAGAGAAACGGAGAACAAAUGCGUGUGUGUUCUACAGGUGACACACGUGUUUUACGAAUGAGGAAGUAAAAAAGUAAAAAAACAUGACUUACUCAGUUCACGAAGCCAAAUUCCACAAGUCAAACGCCAUGACAACCUCGAAUUCUGGACUUAGCGGCCAGCUAUACCAAGUGGAACAAGUGCCAGAACAUUUCCACGAACUCUUCAUUCUUCGAGGAUACAGACAUCCCAAAAGUUCAGCCAAACAAUGCAUCCUAAGUCUGUUUGAUGCUACAAAUGAAACUCUGAAUUUCUGGACCCAUUUCCUUCCCUCCUGGUACUUCUUGUAUGUAAUGAAGGGCCUAGCUGAAACCUUGGACUUCCGCCAUGACAGCUACACGUGGCCAUUGCUUGCCUAUAUGUUCGCCUGCUGUAUCUUUCCUCUGGCAAGUGCUGUGGCCCACACGUUCAACACGAUGUCGGAAAAUGCCCGACACAUAUGUUUCUUCCUGGACUAUUCUGCGUUGAGUUUGUUUAGUUUCGGUGUCGCCCUUGCCUACCGUGCUUAUGUCUUCCCAGUCAGUCUCAGGAACACUUGGUACGCCGAUUUCUACAUCGUUGGCGCCGCCGCCAAUGCCCUGGUCUGUACCAUUGCUGCAUGCGAAACACGGUUUAUGAAGUCUGGUAUUUGGCGGAAGUUUUUACGACUUGGAGCUUUUGCCCUGCCAUAUUUUUACGAUAGCAUUCCUGUCGUGAUCCGAUUUUCUACCUGCACACCAGAAGAGUGCCAGUUAAGUGCAAAUUAUCUCCACUUCCGGCAGUUUGUUUUUGCAUUUUUGGCAGCAUUCUUGUAUUCUACACAUCUACCCGAGCGUUUACACCCGGGUAAAUUUGACAUUAUUGGCCAUUCACAUCAGCUAUUUCAUGUGAGCUCAAUCAUGGCAACUUUCGACCAAUUGCAAGCUGUGUUACAAGACAUGCAGGAGCGAAAACCUAUGCUCCUACCAGAAUGGAAAUUUUCUUCAUUGCGAGAUAGCAUUGGCUUAAUGGCAGGACUUGUUUUGAUAAACACUUUUAUUAUUCUGUUAUUUUCUCUGAGACUUUUGCGCAGAGCUAAAAAAGUUGUGUAAGGUGUGGAUAGUAAGAGAUUUUUGGAGAUAUUUUCAUAUGAAAGGACCACGUUAAGGGGGAAACCCUGGCUGCCAUAUUGUUUGUACAAUGUUUUUGUUACCACAGUCUGAGCUUGGUGAACAAUGUGUUACUUUGCACGUUUAUUGUUGAUUGUUGUUGAAUAUGUGAGUUUGAUAUACCAAUGUGCAGUGCCUUUGUCACCUGGUAGACGGGUUUCCCUUUUAUCAAAAAUGUUUUUAAUAUUUUUUGAAUAUCAUAAGCAGCUUUAUGUGAUAACAGCUAGUAGUGAUAAGCUUGCUUUGUCCAUGCUCAGUGUUAUUGUGUGCCAUUCUGCAAAUUAGAAGCAAUAACAAUAUACUUACAGUGUUUGAAAUUUAGGGGGUCUAUUAAUUAUUUUCCUAACAUUAGUCUUAUGAGACGGACCCUGGUCCUUUACUUUCAUACCUAAUUUCGAACACUGCUUAUCAAAAGAUUAUAUACAAAGGGGCCAUGUCAAAAGCCUGCAUCCUUUUUUUAAGAUUCAUUUGUUAUUUGAACCCUAGUGUUUAAAUGUGGCUAGUAUAAUUAUCAUAUUCAAUCAAUCUCAUUAAAAUCAGACCUCAGAGCGUCGUUUACCAGAUUAUGAAAGUGACCGUCGGAAUGUGAUUUCUCAUCAUGCAACCUCGAAAACUUGGGGUAACAUGGGGUAUUCCGAAUGA